GGCGCCCUGUCCCCGCCUCAAUGAAGGCGGGGGCGGGAAGCGAGCGGCAGGAGGGGACCAGGCUCAGGCGAAGUCGGCGGCCUGGAGGCCCCGGGGCCCCGGCCCGGCCCCACUGUCCCCACGCCUGCCCUCCCCCACACUCGGCCCCCGGAGCUGCCCGCCCGCAGGGGGCGCAGUGCCAGGGGCGCAGGCCUGCGUGGGUGCCGUCUGUCCCCGGGGGCGGGCUCCCUGCUGCCGAGCAGUCCCGAGUGUGCCCGAGUGCCCAAGGGAGAACGGCGCGGGCGGGGCUGGGGUCACUGAGUCCCUGUCCCGUCCAGCGCCCCCCCGAGUCCCCUCUGUCCGGCUCCAGAGCCCUGGCGCUGGGCCCCGCCCUCCUUGCCGCCCUCUCCGCGGUCUCGGGGCGUGGGCAGCGGCCCCCAUGGCUCCUCGGCCCAGGGCCGGUCACGCUCCCUGCCUGGGACAGGAGGUUCCGCGCCAGGAAGGGCAGAGGGCGCUCGGAGCCUCCCGGGGAAGGGGACACGGAGGCCAAGGCCCGGCCUCUAGGCUGGCACUGGAGUCUCAGGCAGGUGCACAGGCCUGCGAGCUGUCCCAGGGCACCAGCCAAGCCGUGGUUCCACCUGCCGACCCUGGCCCCGGCCGGGCAUGGGCCCCCAAUGCGCCCUGGGGCUCUCCCUGCUCAGAGUCCUGCGGGCCCAGACCUCGCUUCUGCCGCCCGCCCAACCGCAGCUGAGCGGCUUCCAGUCACCAGUUCCAGGGAGUCUGGUUCGUCCGAGGCCCGGCGGGCAGCAGCUUCAAGAAGCAGGACUGGGCCUUGCUGCACCCCUACACCACUGUUCUCGAGCUUUCCGGAAAGUAACGGCCACUUCGAGAUGUCCAAUGCCAUGAUGCAGUGAGUGGCCUGCUCCCAUUGUCCCUGUGGUCGAGGAUUAGGGCCUGC